AUGGGCGACGCGAAUAUGCUAGACAGGCACGGCCACAGCAAAAUCGUCAAAAGCGAGGUCUACGACCCCUUCGGUGGCUUUUCGCGCAAAAUUCCCAUCAACCUCAGCCUCCUCGAAGUGUACGCGCCAGGCUUCGCAAAACUGUUUCAGUAUCCCGGCGUUCUCGGCAUCAAGCUGAACAUCUUUCCUUCCGUCAUCGACGCGUUUGUACACUAG